AAUGGGCGUUUAAAAACGGAAGCAUAUGCCGUAUAAUUUAAGGCAAAAAAUCCUUUAAUUCCUGUUUGAGCUGCUUCUAUCUAAUGUUACGACGUACCAUGGCUGAAUUUGAUAUCAAAGCCGGCUUACAGCACGUACUUCAGCGCAUUGAUGAGGUUUCCAUGCAUCGGCCAAAAGAAAUUAUUGCGGCUAAGCCAAUACUAGUAGCUGUCAGUAAGACAAAGCCUGCGGAGGCCGUCAUAGAAGCGUACAAUGCUGGGCAAAGACAUUUCGGUGAGAACUAUGUCCAGGAAUUGGUGGAGAAGAGUCAGCAUCCGGAUAUUUUAUCGAAAUGUCCCGAGAUUAAGUGGCAUUUUAUUGGUCAUCUGCAGAGUAACAAAAUCAACAAGAUACUCAAGUUGCCCAAUCUGCACAUGAUCCAAACCGUCGACAGCAAAAAACUUGCUACUAGCCUCGAGGGUGCUUGGUCAAAGCUGGAACCAGAGGAUAAAGAACCACUGCGGGUCCUCAUACAGAUAAACACCAGCGGUGAAGAAGCCAAGAGCGGCAUAUCGCCCAGUGAGGCGCCUACGCUGUAUAACUACAUCCGUACAAACCUAAAGAAUUUGCAAUUGGCUGGCAUUAUGACCAUAGGUGCCUAUGGAUUCGACUACAGCACUGGCCCUAACCCAGACUUUGUUUCGCUUAUGGCGGUGCAUAACAGCAUUUGCCGUGAAAACAAUCUGCCUCCCGAGUCGGUGCAGGUGUCCAUGGGCAUGUCCAAUGACUACGAGAAGGCGAUUGAAAUGGGAAGCAGCAUUGUGCGCGUUGGCACAUCUAUUUUCGGUUAUCGCGCGGCCAAAGCUUAAGGUCGUGCAAGGGGCAUGUUGAGGGGAAUGGUGCCACGAUGGAAUGCGCGCUCUCACCCUCGGGUGGUUCUCUAAUAUCAAGCAUCAAAAUCAAAUAUAGUUGGUUUUCAAUGACGUCGCAAAGUUGCUGGGAUAUGUGAUUGGCGUUUUGGAGCUCAUUUCGUCUAUGUGUAGGCGAAUUCUAGUAUAAAUUGUACAUAUGCAUGAAGAAAUAUUUGAUUUUAAAUUUAGCCAAUUUCCAGAAAACAAAAAUAUAAAAAAUGAGCGUAGGA